AUGAAAAAUGCAUCGUGGAAACUAUUCGCUGUUCGCUUCGUUUACGGCAGACAUCAACUAUGCGACUCGGAGAAAUCAGGUUCCAGUAUCGCCAGCGUGGUAGCAGGAAGCAAACCGACGAGAUCUUGGGACAAACCUCAAUUCGACGAUAUUGCACCGCGAAAUGUCACUGCCAUCGUCGGCCAGACGGCGGAGCUGAAUUGUUAUGUCAAGCAUCCGGGCGACCGUGUGGUCUCCUGGAUACGUAAGAGGGAUUUGCAUAUUCUGACGUCAUCGAUCCAUGCUUACACAGGAGACGCAAGAUUUUCCGUUAAGCACCCUGAAGCAUCCGACGAAUGGACGCUGAAGAUCAAUUACGUCCAACCGCGAGACGCCGGGGUUUACGAAUGCCAGGUUAACACCGAGCCCAAAAUGAACUUAGCCUUCAUGUUAAAAGUUGAAGAAAGUGCCCCUGUCCCUGCCACCACCACACCGAACGCCAUUCACCGGACGUUCAACUCAGCUGCUCAGGCAACAAUCUCGGGGCCGGAAGACGUCUACGUGAAGAAGGGUAGCACGAUAAGCCUCACGUGUGAAGUUAAUGUACGAAGUACGCCUCCCAGCAGCGUUUCGUGGCAUCACGGAGGUGCCGUGGUGGAUUUCGACAGUCCCAGGGGCGGUGUUUCCCUGGAGACGGAGAAAACGGAUACCGGCACGACGAGCAGACUACUGGUGACACAGGCCAGAUUGACCGACAGCGGAAAUUACACCUGCAUCCCUAGCAACGCGAACCCAGCGAGCGUAAUGGUCCACGUGCUGAAUGGUGAACAUCCAGCGGCAAUGCAGCAUGGUGGUAGUUGCGGUGUGGCCCCGACUAUUUUGCUCGCUAGCAUCACUCUCAUAGUCGCGAAUCUGCUAAGGUGAGCAGCCGUGUAGUGAAUCGCACAUCUUAAACGAGAAAAAAAAGGAAAGAAGUGUCAAACGCGUCGAGACGGUCACGAAAAUAUCGAAAGUAAACGCGGCGGCUGACACGAUGAUCGUGAAACGGAAAAAUCGGAAAAAUCGCCGACUACGAUAGAUCGCUUUUAAUUCACUCGUCGUUAUUACGUGCUGCCCGUAUCCGUUUGUCGAGUGCUUGGAAGUGACGAACGAGAGAACAAUACGGACGAUAUGCAGCGGACCAGAGUUCUGUGUGAGGGGCGCAGUGGCGGACAAUCUUUAACACGUACGUUUUUAACACGAAAAUCUCUGUCUUAGACUAUCUCUUCUUUUGUAUGAAAUCGUCGUGUUAAAUGCGAAAAGUGUGCCCAGAAGACCAUUCUCGAUUACAUAUUAAUGGCGUCAUGGUUGAUCGUAUACGCCAAAAGAAUUCUCUCGCACUUGUGCUUUUUAUUAAAUCGACAUGUGUUACAUGUGGCUCAACGAAUGUGCGUGAAUUCUCUUUAGUGAUGAAGAAAUUAUUCAUCUCUCGUAAUUUUGUUGCGAGAGCAAAAUUAGAAUUUGUAUUUUAAUUAAUUUAAUAAGGGCCUCGUAGAAUAUUCCACAUCGAUCAAUAGAGUCGUAAUGAGCUCGUCACGGAAUAAAAUCGGUCGCGAUUUCCAAUGUUUUCAAAUCGAGUAUCGAUGGCUGGAUCCGUUCGAUGGCUAUGAGAUAAUUAUUACAUAAAUUAAAGUUUAUAAUCUAACGAUUGUCAACUACUGGCGUAAUAAUUAUCAGAUAGUUAAAGCUCUCUUGUACAUAAAACAAUUAAUAAACGUAUAGGAUUUACCGCGACCUUGUUGUACAGUAUAAUGCACGUGCGAGAGUUGUCACGUGACUAACCAUCAUUUUCCGUCGCACCUUUCAUCUGGAUAUAUUGUAUAUAUUUUAUAUUAUUUAUAAUUAUAUAUUUUUUGAUUUAUAUGUGCUUAUGUACUUUUGCCCAGGUUCAACUUACUCGGCUUUUGUUAAACAUACAAUAUUAUUAAAAGACAAAAUAUUGAGAUAAAUCAAUUGUGAUAAUUUGUAAGUAUGAUGCACUGAUGUUAUUUCUUUAAAGAACUAUAAGAAUCAUUUAUUGUAAACAGAUAAGAAUUAAAUUUGAAUGCGAUAAUAUUAUAGUUAUAUAAAAAAUUGGAAAUUUAUAUAAGAAAAUAUUUUGUUUUUAGAAUAUGAAAUUUUAAUUGACUAAUGCAAUUACAAAAUUAAGGUCUCUUACGGAAUUUGCGUUCCAAAUAAGAUAUUUAACGUUAUUGAAAAUUUGUGACAACCCAAUUUUUGCUUCAAAACUUAUUUGAAAAAAAAAAAUGCAAAGGAAUAAUUUAUAAAAGAGUUUUUAUCUUAAAAAGAGAGUUAAUGCAUGCGCGCGUGUUACAUUUUAAAAGAAUUAGUUUCAACAUUUUGUAAACGAUUAAUUGAUUAUGAACUAAUCAAAGGCAUAAAAAGACGUCAUCGCAUGUGGAAAUUAAUUCUUUUUUUUAAUUUAUAAAACAUUAUUACAAAGGAUUUAUAAAAUAUGAUUGUUGUCAAAAUAUAAUUGUUUUAACAUCAGAAGAAUGUUUACAGUAUACGCGGUUAUCUCAUAAAAGAAUGAGCGAAUUAUGAAAACUGAUCGUCUUAGUAAUGGUAGUAGAUAGGGCUAUUCUCGAUAUGUUUCUGUUUGUUUAUUGCAAGCAGGUAUUUUAAAUACUAAAUGACUCGCAAGAUUGAUGCGUAUCUUGCUUUGUCGUUCAAUAAUCAAAAUGCCACACACAGGUAAUGUUUCUCCUCCAAUAUUAUUUAAUUUCCAGAAAUUUGUUCGAUUUUUGCUCUGAGAAUAUUAAAGUAAUUUUUUUUGAAAAUCAAAACGCGUCAAAAUAAAUUCUCCGAUUAAUCAAAAUAUAAUCAAAUUGACAUCAAUCGUUCAUGGAUAAUGGACAUUACAUUUUUAAAGCCUAUAAAACACAGAGCUCGUGUAUAGAUAAGAGAGUAUGAAAAGAUAAUAUGUACGUAUAUUUAAAUAGAUCAGUAAUAUAAGCGUUCGCAUUAUGUAUCAUGAUAAUAUUACGUCGAUAUACGGAAAGUAUAAUUCGAGAGAUCAAAAUAUAAGUAUAAGAGAAAUAAAAGUUCUUUUGCAAAAUUAAUAAAAAAUUGUCUUUACGAUAACUCAUUUAAACUUUCCAAAAUGUUGUUACAUUAUCACGCGGAAUUAAUUUAUUAUAUAUUGUUAAAAUAUAUUGCAACUAUUUGCAUUAAAAAAUAUAAAAGUUCAGAUGUUUUUAUACUGUUUAUUUAUACACAUUUUUUUCGUGUAAGUAAAUUUAAUAAUUUGUUAAGUAUCAAAAUUUUUCUUUUUAAAAACAAUUAUAAAGUGACUUACUGAUUAUUGCGUUUUGCAAGUAAAUUAAAUAAGUCUGUAUAUAAUUGACAUAAUUCCACGCUGUUAAAACUUCACUUUUCAUUAAUUUGAUCAUAAACUUUAUUCAUUAAUAUUAAAUUAUACAGUGGUCUUCCGACUUUAGUGUCGAUCUAAUCGCAUAUUUCCAUCAAAUUCUAGUAAAGAUAAAUGCUUAAUUAAUCGUUCCUCCAUUUAUUUCACUAAAGCUAUUAAAUCUUGAUUAUCUAAGCUACAAUAGUUAAGCAUCUUUUAAUGACUUUUUCGAAUAAUUUCUUGCAAUCUAAACCGUCUUCUCCGAGAAGAAAAGAAUACGAGAGAGAGAGAGCAAGACCCUAGAUCUGAUCAUUAAAUAAUCCAGUGUACGUAAUAUACGAUAUAGCGAUAAAUCAAUAGAUAGUAGGUUUAUUACAAAAUAUAAUGUAACACGAGUAAAGAAAUAUAUCAUAAUAAUUAACAUGUUAAGAUGCAAUUUCUUAGAAUAGAUUUUUUAUAACGUCGUAGCUCGGAAAAAAAUACAAGUUAAGAUCUACCAAUCGUUAGAGAUUGUCCAUCAUUUCUGAAACUUCAGAAAAAGUUAAAAUCGGAGGAGAAAUACCACGGUGCUAUCAUUUUAUGUAUAAUGUGUAUCAUAAUUUAUAUUGAUAUAUUAAAUAAAUGAACGAAUUCAAUUAACAAAAUUGAUAUGUACUCUGAACAAAAUUGCGAAUCACACUACGGUGCGGGGAGACUGAUUUGGAGUGCAAUCAUAUAAAAAGUGAUCAAGUGAAAAGUGAAAAAUUAAAUUUUUUUUAUGGAUUAAAAAAUGUGACGAAUUUUAUGAAUAAAAAAAUAUCUUCACACAUAGAACGAUUGCUGUGUGUAAAAUUCAAAUACAUAUUUAAUCAAGCUUAAUUUAAUUUAAAAAGACUUAUAUUUGCGAUGUUUCUCAUUUUGAUCGUUUUUUAGAAGAGUCCAUUGUAAUUUUUUGUAGCGAAAAGGUAUGUGGCUCAAUUGUGAAAUUUAAUAAUAAUAUUCCUGUGCGUAAAAAAUGAUCAAACAGAAAAGUAUCGAGAGGGGUAUACCUAUUUGUGAACUAGAUAAUCGAUAUCCGCGAUUCGCAUACUUACGGAGAAUGUUGCACAUUAUAUAGUUAAGAAAUUAGACUGCAUUGUACAUAUAAUUCAUAAUCGAUAAUAUAUUAUGUUAUAGAAAAACUUAAGCAUGAAUAAAAAAAGACAAGAUUAAAAACGCGCGAAAAUGCGAUAUAGAAUAUUAUAUUGUAAAAAUACCCAUCGACGUGGAUACUGUUUCAAUAAAUGUAAUGAUAAUAUAAAAAAAAAA